CCUUAGGCUGUACAAUAAAACGCUCGCGCUCCUUUCGUGACAAGUCGCCCAGACGCGUGGCUCGCGGAGCUCACGUGGUCAGUGGGAUUAGUUAGAUACAAUUAUAAUUCCUCAUCUAUUUAUCACCCGCUCGUGUUUGGACUUUUUUUUUUUUCCACGACACCCACGCAGAGUGUGCGGCUGUCUGUCAUGUCCGCUUAUUUUUAGCCAAAACUGAAUACAGAUCUCGCCUUGUACUACGAAGCCAGCAAUAGUUUUAAGAAGAUUUCCAAGUUGUAAUUGCUCGGAUUUCCCUGAAUGAACGACGACUAGCGAAUAAAACAAAACAAUCCACGUUUUUCUUUCCUCUCGGACUGAUCAUGAUCGUUUUUUUCCAGCCCUGGGUGUGUGUUGCAUUUCUGAUUUGUUCCGUGGUUGUCGUCGAGGCUCAGACGGAGGCCAAGGAGGGCCGAAAGGACGGCAAGGGCUCGCGGCGGAGACCCGGCCGGGUCACCAACAAGGUUUCGUCCAGCAGCCUGCCGCAAAAUGCUACCACGCAGAAGAGCUCCCCCGACCCCAUCGUGGCAGGCGUGGACGGCGGCUCGCCCACGGCCAUCUGGGACGAGGACUUCGAGAAGAGCAUCGAGGAGAUGGUGCUGCAAGUGAGGAACAACUCGGCGCUCUCCAAGAACAAGUGCGUGGUGGAUCGGCAGCUGUGGAUGUCCAACACCAGGAGCCUGUCGCCGUGGUCGUACAGAAUUAACCACGACGAGAAGCGCAUUCCGGUGGACAUCCCCGAGGCCAAGUGCUCGUGCGCGGGCUGCAUCAACCCGUUCACCAUGCAGGAGGACCGCACCAUGACCAGCGUGCUCAUCUACACCAAGAUCCCCGUGCGCCGGCUGCUCUGCGACCGGCCCUCCAGGAGGCACCGCAAGAAGAAGAAGUGUCUCCCGCAGUACAAGACGGUGGUGGAAAGCAUUGCUGUGGGCUGCACCUGUAUUGUCUGAGCGCUGGGCCACUUCAAUGGAUCUCUUGUUUUCCAUGUUCCAUUCACAGUUCUAGGCUCCUGUACUGCCAUAACACAUCGAUCCUUACCAGGAUGCUCUGGCAUUAAUUGCCCUUUGGGGGUCAGGGAGUGCUUCACUUCAUAAUUGCUACGCAUUUGCUCAAUGAACACAGUGGAAACUCUUCAUUUCUCACUUUCAAACCUUUGUCGGUUAAAGGCCCAGUAUAGAAUAGAGGCCUACAGUAAUCUUACACGGUAUAAUUAGCACAGUUUAGUGAAUUCUUCUGCUGUAACUUUUGCCAUUAGGAAAGUAAACUUUGCCAUUACAAUUUUAUACAUUAACACCACUUACUACUGAUCAUCUCACUCGACAGUAUCAUAUUAGAUAUUGUGAGUGCUGUGACACUACUUCUAAAGACAGCAUCUCACGAAGAAAAAAAGACAACAUAGUAUUUUUUUCCGGUGUCAUUUAUCGCACUUUUUCCGGCUUUAGAUGUUCAAAUAAUUCAAUUCUUCCUCAUAUCCAUCUGUUUUUGCCUUUGCAGAUUCUGCACCUAAAAUCUAAACAUUUCUUUUCCUUUUUACAGUUGUUGUAGAACAUAGCUAACAUGUUUUUCAUUCUAAAAAUUCCAGUAACUAGAUAUUCUGCUAUAUUCAGGUUUGAAAAUACAUCUUGCCACCAGUUGAUAUCGUUGGAAAUAUAUGCUUCAAUAUAUUACAGUAUUGUACUGUAGUCAUUUAAUCA